AUGGCCACCGACGUCGCGCACCGUGGGAGCUUCUCCAAACCCGCGUCUACUAACCGAGCCUCGGGGGAGAGGAGGGUGAAGAGGCUGAGGUUGUCGAAAGCCCUGAUCAUCUCCGAGGGGACGAUGGUUUCCGAGGCGUGCCGGAGAUUGGCUGCUCGUAGGGUAGAUGCCGUUCUGCUGACGGAUGCCAAUGAGUUUCUCUCUGGUAUUGUGACCGCUAAGGAUGUAGCGACGAGGGUUGUAGCAGAGGGUUUGGACCCAGAGAAGACGAUCAUUUCAAAUAUUAUGACUAGGAACCCAACGUUCGUCAUGGCAGAUACGCUGGCCAUCGAGGCAUUGCAGAAGAUGAUUCAAGGAAAAUUUAAGCACCUUCCAGUUGUAGAAAAUGGUGAGGUUAUUGCCAUGUUGAACAUUGCUAAGUGCCUGUUUGAUGCUAUUUCAAGAAUGGAAAGGGCUAUGGAGCAAGGCAAUGCUAUAACAGCUGCACUCAAGGGUCUUGAAAGUCAAAUGGAAAGUAAAUUUUCAGUUCCUUAUACAUUCACUGAAGCUCUUCACCAAAAUAUAUGUAAUCCUGUUCUGUCAACUAUCAUCUCAGAGAAUGUGAGGGUUGUGCUAGUAUCUCCUUCAGAUUCUGUCUAUGUUGCCACAAAAAAGAUGCUUGAAUUCCAAGUUGACUCAGUCAUUGUUGCAACCAGAAACGGGCUUCAAGGGGUUCUAACCUCAAAGUAUGUGGUUAUGUGUGUAGUUGCUCAACAUCUUUCUCCCGAACUGACUCCAUUAGAAAAGGUAAUGACUGCAAACACUGAGUGUGCUACAAUGGAGAUGACUAUUCUUGAGGCAUUGCAUCUAAUGCGUGACAGUAAUUUUUUAUAUCUUCCAGUGCUAAGCAGAGAAGAUCAUGUUGUUGCUUGUUUGGAUGUUCUUCAAGUAACCAGUGCUGUGAUCCUGAUGGUUGAAGGAGAUACUGGAGCUAUAAAUGGCAUGGUAGACAUUGUGAAGCAGAAGUUCUUGGAUUCUGCUUCUGCUCUGGAAACAGGAUAUCAGGAAUAUGAUACACAUAGUGAGCUAUCUGCUGUGAUGACAUCAGAGGAUGCAGAGGCCAAGAAUAUGUAUCCUCCUCUCUUUGGAAAUUCAUUUGCCUUCAAGUUUAAAGACCAAAAGGGACAUAUGCAUAGAUUCAAAUGUGGUACGAAGACUCUAGUUGAGCUUGUAUCGGCUGUAACUCAGAGACUUGGGCUUGAUGGUGAUAAAUGCAGAAUUAAACUCUUUUAUGAAGACACUGAAGGAGAUAAAGUUCUACUCUCCUCUGACGAUGAUCUUGUUGGAGCAAUAAACCAUGCAAAAUUAACUGGAUGGAAGGUUUUAAGGCUGCACAUUGAUGACCCAGGGACCAAUAAGAUAAUUCUAAGUUCAAAGUCAGGUAUUUCCACAAUGCAGAGAAAUGAAUGGACAUCACUUAGAGCUGGAAUUUUAGCAGGAACCAUUGCAGUAACAAGCAUUGGAGUUAUGGUGUAUCUGAAGCGAUCUAAGGUGUGAUUCCCCUCAAGAUUAGAAGAAAUACUCAGAUCAAUAAGUGCAGAAUGCCAGAACCAAGCUCCGGCGGAAAUAUGAACUUUAUUACGAUCACAAUCUCGGACAAAAGAGAUCACAGAUAACUUGAGUUCCACGCAUUUUUCAUGACACCACACUGAAUGUUAAAUCGAUGCAAUUUUAUCGGGUGGAACAAGUCAAAAAAUGUAUAUUGUUCCAGAGUGUUUGGCACAAAUAACUUACAGAAAGUGUAGUUUUUUGGCCUCAGAAUGGAACCAAGUUGCAGGUGCCGUGUCUAUCUAGUUCCUCUUCAUCUCCAAGUUGCUACACUUGGAGAAUACAAGUGUCCUCGUAAAUGAUCAGUACUUUGGGCAAAGUUCAAAGGAUUUGAAGUUCAGCCAUGUUUGCAAGCACAAAUACCAACUUGAGGAGGGUGGGAAAGUUGCCAUAAUAGUGGUCUGUUAGUUGCAGACUGCUGGAUAGAUUUUUUUGGUUCUCAUGCCUUUUAGCUCCAUCUGAUAUAUUUUCAGAAGCCAUUUCAUAGCCAAGACUCACUGGUGCUGAGCUCUCGAUUACAUGGGUGUUUUUAAGCUGGUAUUUAUCCUACACUUGGAAAGUAGACCCCUGUGUUGCUAGUUCAGUUGACUUAUCCUAUAUUUUCUGAUAUCUUCUGUUUCAGAGCUGCAUGCCGUUGGAUUAGGGAACUCCAAACAAAUGGAGGCAGCUCCCUUCUGUUACAUCUGAGCUUAUUGGUCAUAUAAAUCGUUAAGGGAAAAAAGAAGGGGGAUGGAACCAAAGAGGCACUAGAAAUGUCUCAAGAAAGUGGGAGGCGCAAGCCGGUACUUGAUGGGGAAAGUUCACAAAGGAUAUGAAGUUCAGCCAUCUUUGCAGCCACAAAUGCCAACAUUAGACGGGUGGGAAAGUUGCCAUAGUGGUCUCUGUUUGAUGGAAACGAAUCUUCUUUGGCUUCCUCUGAUAUGGUUUCUGGAGCGAGAUCAAAGUCAAGACUCAUUGGUGUUGACUCGUGGAUCACACCAGUUAAAGGUGUGACCUCUGAGGUAUUCAUCUUUAAGCACCAGUUAAAGAUAUGGAUAAUUGCACCAGUUAAAGGCAACGUCUUUAAGCAGCUUCUGGUAUUCAUCUUACGCUAAGGACAUUAUCUUCUGUGACCUCUGAGGUAUUCAACAGAUGUCCUUCCAUCCAAAGAUCUUGUGACCUCCAAGGACAUUAUCUUCUGGUUCAAAGCUGCAGGGAGAUGGAUUGGGGAAUUCCAAACAAAUAGCAUGCAGUUAGCUUUCCGUUACAUCUGAACUAUUAGUCGUAUGAAAAGUAAAGGGAAUAUAAAGGAUGGAUGGAACCCAAGAACAGCAAGUAAGAUCUCGAGAAAGAGGAGGCACAAUUUGUGGAAACUUUUAUUGAGUAUCCUACAGUUUCUGUAGUCAAGUUCAUAUACCUCUAUUCCAGAUGUGUGCAGUAAGUGGCAGUACCAUUUUGAUCUCUCCGCUUGCCAUCAUAUGUAUGGUAUUUCCUUCACUCAGCGGAGUGAGGAGACGUUAGCAGCCAACAAAUGUAAGCCAUGGGAUGUAACCGAUGUGUCGUGCAUAGCAAUUUUAGUUGGAGGUAAGCAGCGAGAAAGGGAAAA